UGCGCAGAAUGAACUAAGUAGCUAGGUAAGAUAGCCAACAAGCACUAGUGUGGUGAUACGCAAUAAUGUUCGAAAGGAAAAGACAUAGACGUUGAAUCUUUACAUUUUUACUGAAAGAGAACAUAUUUUCUUGACAUUUAUCUCUUUUCAGGACCAUUUGUCAUGUCAGUAUGUGUCAUAUAGGCUGCCUUAUAGCACUUUUUAAAUUAGCUAACUGACAGUUAAGGGUUAGUCAACGGUUGUUAACGGUUAAUUAGUGACUCUGUAGGUCACUAGCUUGCAAUUGUGAAUGGAAUGUUUUUUUAUUUAAUGUAAUCAUUUAAUUUACAACCAUAUUCAUAUUACAAACUGCCCACCUCCAAUCCAGUUUGGUGUCUGCGCUACAAAGCAGCAUCAGGUUUUGUUACGGAGUGUUUUAUUUUGACAGGUCAGACCGGUAGUGCGGCGCGGUACUGUGGCGGACUUGACUUCGGUCGUAUUUCAUUGGGAGUGAGGACGCUCAGACUGAAGGAAGGAAGGUUUUGUGGAAACUUGAGGACAUGCGGCGUCUCCUGCAAACUUUACUCAAACCAGACUUUCUGCGAGUUGAAGAAAGACUCGAGGUGUGAAGAAUGAACUGAGGAGCGGUGGAGAGGAAGAGGAGAGGAGGGGCAGAAGAGCCGUUCAGUCCCAUUGAUCCUAUAUCGAGGAAAGAUGCGAGCUGCUGCUGCUGCUGCUGCGGCUCUGACCGUGCUGAGCGUCGUCUUCAGCCUGGACGGCCUGUCGGCUCACCGGUCCAAACCAAGCCAGCCCCGGCAGCAGAAUGACGAGGCAGCGGCGAGGAAGAAGAACCAGCCGCACAUACUGUUUAUCCUCACGGACGACCAGGGUUUCAACGACAUCGGCUACCAUAACCCGACCAUCAAGACUCCCACCCUGGACAAGCUGGCGGCGGAGGGCGUGAAGCUGGAGAACUACUACGUUCAGCCCAUCUGCACGCCAUCGCGCAGCCAGCUCAUCACCGGCAGAUAUCAGAUCCACACGGGACUGCAGCACUCCAUCAUCAGACCCAGCCAGCCGAGCUGUCUGCCCUCACACAUGGACACGCUGCCCGAGAGGCUCCGCGAGGCCGGAUACACCACGCACAUGGUCGGCAAGUGGCACCUGGGCUUCUACAGGAAGGCCUGCCUGCCCACCAGGAAGGGUUUUGACUCUUUCUUUGGCUCUUUAACAGGAAGUGUGGAUUACUACAGUUAUGGGUCCUGUGACGGCCCGGGGUUGUGCGGCUAUGAUCUCCAUGACGACGAGGGUGUGGCGUGGGGCCAGGAGGGGAAGUACUCGACCACGCUGUUCACGCAGAGAGCUCGCAAGAUCCUGGAGAGCCACGACCCCGCGGGGAAGCCGCUCUUCCUGCUGCUCUCCCUGCAGGCAGUUCACACUCCUCUGCAGACUCCCAAGUCCUACAUCUACCCCUACCGCGACAUGGCCAACGUGGCCAGGAGAAAGUUUGCCGCCAUGGUGUCCACAGUGGAUGAGGCGGUCCGAAACGUCACCUACGCUCUGAGGAAGUACGGAUACUACCGGAACAGCGUUAUCGUCUACUCCACCGACAACGGCGCCCAGCCAUUCACGGGAGGGAGCAACUGGCCGCUACGAGGCCGAAAGGGGACGUACUGGGAAGGUGGAGUCCGCGGAGUGGCGUUCGUCCACAGCCCCCUGUUGAGACGCAGGAGACGGGUCUCCAAAGCUCUGCUGCACAUCACCGACUGGUUCCCCACCCUGGUGGGCCUGGCCGGGGGAAACAUCAGCCAGAGUCAGGGCCUGGAUGGUUUUGACGUUUGGCCCACCAUCAGCGAAGGGGCGGAGUCACCUCGUCAGGAGAUCCUCCACAACAUCGACCCUCUGCACAGAGCGCCUGUUCAGACCGCCAGCUGGGAUGCCGACGCAAAGGGGGCUUCAGGGGGCCAAUCGAACGGCCCGGGCCCGCCCUUAAAGAAGCUGAAGAAGAAGAAGAUCCUGCGGCAGCAACCGAAGCAGAAGGCAGCAUUCAAGUUGAAGACAACCAAGAAGCCUAAACCCGAACCUAAAUCCAAGUCCCUUCCCAAACUGAAGCUGAAGCCCGUCCCAAAAUCAAAACUGAAACCCAAACUCAAGACCAAAGUCUACCCUCAGAGCCAGAGACUGUCAUACCUCAAACCGCCUCUGAAGUCCCGCUCCAGCGGCGCCCCAUCAGCGUCAGGAACAUCUCGCACUAAAUCCCCGAAGCCUCAGAUCCAACCGCGCUUUAAAUCCAAAUCCAGACGGACCGUACCCCAGAACCAGAACCUGUCACGGUCAAGACCACCUCAACUAAAAUCCAAAACACAGCUCAAAUUACUUUCAAAGUCCAAGUCCAGACGGACUUUAUCCCAACACCAGAACGUGUCCCAGCCGGGGACGUCGCUGCCCAAAUCCCAUACAGCGCCCCAGUUACGGCUCCAGUCCUCCCCGCCGGUGUGGGACACAUCAGUCCAGGCUGCCAUCAGAGUUGGAGACUGGAAGCUGCUAACAGGAGACCCCGGCCACGGAGACUGGGUCCCCCCACAGGUGCUUCCCACUCUCUCUGGUCCCUGGUGGAACCUCGAACGUGCCGUCUCGUCCUCCCACAAACCCUCCGCCCACAAAAACGUCUGGCUGUUCAACAUCACGGCCGACCCGUGCGAGCGGCAGGACCUGGCGGACCGGAGGCCAGACGUGGUCCAGCGGCUGCUGGCCCGACUCGCCGACUACAACGAAACGGCCGUGCAGGUUUAUUUCCCGCCCGACGACCCUCGAGCCAAUCCCAGCCGGCACGGCGGAGCCUGGGUGCCCUGGGUGGAGGAAGAGGAGGACGAGGAGGGAAAAUACCACGGAGUGUACAAGAAAGGCAGGAACAGUAAGAAGAAGAAGAAGAAGAAGAAGUGCCGCCUGUGCAAGCUGCAGUCGUUCUUUCACAAACUGAACACCAGGAUGAUGUCCAAUCGGAUCUGAGGCGAACACUCCGGGCGAGUUAAUUCCACCGCAUCCAAACUUUCUGAAACACGUCCUUUCACUGGCUUCACGUUUCUCAGAAAAUCAAGUCAAAACAGCUGAUAUUUUCUCUCUUGUCAUUUAUGUCGUGUCGUUUGUAAUGAUGUCAAACAUUGUUCCCAUAUAUGCAGCAUCUGUACCGUCAAAGAUCCAGUCUGAGAUUGGGGAUCUAAGGUGACACUGAGAGUCCCGCUGGAUUUGACUUUUAAAGGGUCAGUUCACUCAAAUCACAGCAGAUGUUUUCACUCAUCCCUGUGAUAUCUGCUCCUGCCAGCGCUGCGGUUUCAGGUUUAAGCUUUCAGGUCCCACUUUGUUUCCACUGAAAACUGCUGACGGGGAGAAACUCCAGUCCCUCGAACACUGUUUUACAACCCUGAUCCCACAAAAGUUACAGAAAACAGAAUUAAAACAGAAAGAAGUCGUUUUUUUUUUACUGACGACAGUUUUCUGAAGUGUCCCUGAGUCCAUGUAGUAACAUCCUUUAUCCAAUCACGUGCUCGCAAAGUGGUGAACCGUGCUCCAUCCUCGCUGUGAACCACUGAGCCUUUCAAUCAUGAUACUAUCACCUGUUACCAAUCAGCCUGUUUACCUGUGGAAUGAUCCAAACAGGUGUUUUUGGAGCGUUCCACAACUUUCCCAGUCAAACAAGCAGAUAUUUACAAAAAUCGAUGAAGCCGAUGAGUUCAAACAUUAAAUUUAUCGUCUUUGUGCUGUUUUCAGUUGAGUUCAUGUCAAAACGGAUCAGCAGGUGGUCACAUUCUGCGUCAUUCGUGUUUCGCACAGCGUUCUCGUAGGAAAGAGGCACUGUUGUUUGAAAGCGGUUGGCGGUGAGUAACUGCAGCACCUUGUAUAUUGUCUGUCACUGCUGAGGCACGUGCAGCGAUAAUAAGUCGCUGUAAAACUGUAAAACUAUCAGCAGGAAGGCGUUUGUGUGAUUUUGGUGAACCGACCCUUUAAACUGCUACCUGUUCCAGCGGCGAGGCGUGUUUUUAACCUCUCUUUUUUUACUGCUGUGACGCCUGUUAGCAUCACCUGAUUCAUCACCUGGUUUUAGAAACUGUCCACUGUUUCCUCGUACUGUUCACGUUUUCUCUGACCGAGUUCUUGAUGUGAGGACUGACGCCGUGUGGUAGCACGAAGUUUUUUUGACACUGUAAGUGAUUCUGUUCCUGGAACUUUGAGCAGAACGCACCACAAAGCCAUCGUUUAAAAGCCUGUGUAGUGUGACGUGUGCAGGUUUCAUGUAUGUUUACAGCAACAGUUCAUACUCAAACGUCCAGAUCUUGAUUUUGAAGCAAAUGUUUACUUGUUGCAGUGAAGGUGUGUGAUCAUAAUGAUUAUUUCUAGCAUUCUGUAGCUGUUUGUGUUUGUUGUCUGUCAUGUGCAACACAAUAGGACAAGGUGGUAUUUAGAUAUUUUGACCUUUUUAGCGACACGUCCCAGAGAGUUCAUGAUGUUUCUGAUGGUUCGUUAUGGUUUCCUCAUGUGUUACUGCGGCUGGAACAGGCCUCUGUUUGAAUGUAUUGCCAAUGGCAAACAUGUCUUCACUGUGGAUUUAAAGUACGUGUUUUUAAUUCACUACAUGCUGCUGUGACGCGCAGAAACACCUGAACAUGUUAUUUCACAACUUCUUCAGCCCUGUGUAUGAUUAAUACGAUAAUAAUAGUUUUGAAUGUUUUCGGAGAAACCAUUGCACUUGUCCUGCUCUGCUCCCUGACUCACAGACUCCCCACACAUGUAAAAGCUCAUGUCUUCAGAAAUCGGAGGAGGAAGUUAAACGUGUUCCAGCUUUAGCAGCAUUAGCAGCCUCUUUGAAGUAAGAUGUUGGUGCUCUCCGUUUGAGCAAGACACCAAACCUCCAAAUAUUUCAGCGUAUUUGCUCAAUAUCCAACAAACCGCGGCCGUGGCCGCUGUAACCCAUUAAAGUGCACGACAGUUCGAGCACGCAGCAGAGCUCCUGAGAAACAGCUUAAAGGGGCGCUUGAUUUCACCACCCUGAGUAAAUAAA